GAUUAACUAAUCUGAAUACUACAUUAUAUUUUUCUUAGCAUUCAGGUGGAACAAUGCUUCCAUUCAAGGAGUAAUUGUGGCGUAGGGAAUCAAGUAUGUUCUUCGAACCCACAACAACAUUUCAAGUGUGGUGGAUCAAGAGCAUUCGGGUUAGGCCUCAUGCUUCGCACCGGUGGAACCAUUGUCGACAAAAUGUGGUUUGUGUUGUAGUAUUAAUAUGGCAUUCAUCUCAACAUCGAUCCUUGAAGAGAAACGUUCAGAGCUCAUUCAUGGCGGACGGUCCCCGAUGGGAAGGAAAAGCCACUGCGAAGGUCCUUAGUCUGAGCGCAGAAGCGGCGUGGUCGUUCCUGGAGGAUUUCUGCAACUUCCACAAGUGGUUCCCAGCCAUCGACACCUGCCGCAGAAUCGAAGGCGUCGAUGGCCGGCCUGGCCUCGUCCGCUACUGCGCCGCCACUCUCCCGCCGCCUUCCGAAGGCGUGGUGAAGUGGUGCCAUGAGAGGUUGUUGGCCAUGGAUCCGAUCGGUCGGAGCUUGAGCUACGAAGUUCUGGAGAACAAUAUAGGGAUCAAGCGGUACACGUCCACGAUGAGAGUGACUGCGAUCAACGGUGGAGAUGGGGUCUCUGGUUGCCAGAUCGAAUGGUCAUUUUUGGGCGACCCGGUUGAAGGCUUGACCCGUGAAGAAUGGGUUGCUUAUCUGGACUCGGGUCUUCAGGGGACGGUACGGAAUAUGGAGGACCAAGCCCACUUCACUACACUGUAAUUAGUAAUAAAUAAAUAAUAUUUACCAAUGUAAUAUGUUUGUUGUGUAUUAUGAAAUUCAAUUAUUUAUAGUACUAAGUUAUAAUUAAUAAAAUAA